UUUCGAGCCGCCUGGAGAUGGAGAAGAGUGCAACCGAACCGGUAGAGCCGAGCAAACCGCCAGAAAUAGAUCCGGAGCUUACGGCAUCGGCUGCGACGGCGGUGGAGCAGUGGCGUAACUAUCAGCAAGCGUACGCCGCGUAUCAGCAACAAUAUGCCGCCUACCAGCAAUACAUCCAGCAAACCCAGUUUGCCCAGACGGUCGAACAACAACAGACGGCGUACAGUCAGUAUUUGGAGCAGCACCGCCAGUAUCAGUUUCAGCUCAGCCAGUACGAGCAACACAAGCAGCUUCGUCAAAACGGUGGCCCUACGGGGAAUUAUGAACCAAACGCCUCCGGUUGGCCACAAGCCCCCGGCAUCCCGGCGCUUGUCGAUCCUGGCUCGAUGAUUGUUCAGCAGCCACUAGCACCGUUGGCCCAGCCCGGGCGGGAUGCCGCGAACGGUUUCCAACCCGGAACGGAUGGGAGGUUCCCGAAGGCAACGAAUCCCAGGCGUCAGUCACGCGAACCGAGAUCCAAAUUCAGAGGCCAAGAGAAAAAGUCGGAACUUCACACCAAAACAACCAUUUACGUGAAUCCCGAGGACGAAUCGUUGCUGCCGGAGGAUCUAAAGAAGCUGUUCAAGGAGCUACAGUGCGAUUUGUGCCGCACGCGGAUGAACUCUCACAUUUCCGCCAACAUCCACUACCAGUCGAAGUCGCACGAGAAGAAGAUUAACCAGUGGCUGAAGGAAUACUGCACUCAAACGGGCACUCCGAUGCCUGUUCGGACGCGACGACAGCUUGAGCUGGUGGCUGAUGCUAACGUCGUGGGCCGUUCCGUGCUACACUGCGAAGCGUGUGAUCUGCAGCUGACCUCGAUCCAGCACGCAAACCAGCAUUACACUGGACGGCGGCACUACAUGGUGGUAAAUGGCAAGAAGGUACCGUCGGGCAACGGGUACUACAAUGCCGAUGGCAAGUGGAUAAGAUCUGGAAAUUUAGCCGUGGAUAAGGUGUUCAUGCCGGAGGGGGCCGGGACUAAGCGGCCACAACAACAGCCAACGCAGGCCAACUCCACUUCUGCCGGCACAAGCGAGGUUAAACGCUUGCGGUUGGAACCGCCUCCGGAGCUACCGAAGGAACUGGUGGUAGCCAACAGUGGUUGGCCUGUAGAAGAAGGCACUAUCACUAUGACGGGUCAACAACCGUCGGGACUGCAACCGAUCGCUGGUGGCACCAUUGACCCGCCAGCGAUUCUAACGAUCACCGUCGACAGCGACGAGGAUGUGCCGGGUGUGAGCGGUGGUGUGGUAUCGACCGCAGCAGCAGUAGCAGCACCGUUGGUACCACCUCCAACCGUUGCAUCGGUUGCUCCCGUCGUGGGGUCAUUGCUGGAAAAGAAGCCGACCGCCACCACGCUGGAGCAGGAGAUUCGUAAAAAGGAGGGCCUCGAUUGCGUCGACGAAACCGGCACCUUCUGCUUGAUCUGCGAAACGUCUGUUACGUCCCGCUCGGAGAUGCUGAUGCACCUGAAGGGUGCCAAGCACAUCAAGAAGGCGCGCACGAUGGGUGUGGUGGUGCGGACAACACCGUUUAAUCCGUCCGACACGAUACUGAAGAGUGUCAGCAAACCGGUCCGCCAGACGGACUGGUCCCUAUACCGGAUGCCUUCCGGAAAGUUUUACUGCAAAACGUGCAACCUGAUCGUGGCUGACGAGAAGCUGUUCGGUCAGCACUGGUACGGCAAGAAGCACAAGUUGAAGAUGCGCCAGGAGCAGACGGCACAGAAGAAUGGCACUGUCGUUCCCGUACCGGUAAUGGCGAUCGGUACCAACGGGGACACUGCGACUUUACCGGAGAUGCCAACGGAAGCCGGCGCCAGUGUGGCUCCCGUUGAUGCUGCAGUGGCCACUGGUGCUGCGAAGAAUGCGCUCCCGUUCAAGCCACCGGCAGCGAAUGGGGGCAAGCGAGGCUGGAAACGGCCACAUUUCUUCGGUAAAAAAGGACAAAACUUCAACAACAAGUCUAAGAGACAGUUUCAAGUGUAA